CUAUGCUAAGCCUUGGAAACAGAGGUACGAUAAAGAAAUGGCGGGACGUUGUAUGUUCUGUAUUCCCUGGUAGACUGAACCUUAGUUGGGAUUUUUGGUUGAACUAGUGUCGAUAGUCUAUGGGCACGAACCCACAUUAGAGAAUAUUGUUUGUUUCUCCCCUUAAAGCUUUUUGAUUUUAAUGGAUGUGAGAAGGUGUCCAUUGCUGACUUCACCUUUUGGUCGCCUGUUGCCUCUAUAAUUGUCUUGUCAAUUUUUUUUAAAUUGCUAGUUAUCAUGAGCAUACUCUUUUCAGCUUGUCCCCUGUGAUGUGAUAUGUUCGAUAUUUUUGUCAUUAUGAAAGAAUGUUAAAGCACUUUGAUACAGAAUUUCUGGCCUCUGCGAAUAUUUCUAUUUUUUGUCAUCGAAAAGAGGAAAAAGCACUGAAUUUUUGCAGGGGGGGUGUCUUUAUCUUAUUUAGGCCAAUGAUGCGAGGGUGGAUUUGUAUGAUAAAGAGAAAGAAUUACAAGAUGUUAAACAAGAGGUUUUGGGGCUAAAACAAGCGUUGAAAGAUGCAAAUGAUCAAUGUGUCCUUUUUUUCAAUGAAGUUCAAAAGGCAUGGAAGGUCUCCUAUACUCUGCAGUCAGAUUUGAAGUCUGAGAACAUAAUGCUGGCAGAUAAGCAUAAGAUGGAGAAGGAGCAGAAUGCGCAGCUCAGAAAUCAACUUGCUCAACUGGCACAGCUGGAGCAGGCUCAGAAGCUGCAGAUACAGCAGCAAGAUUCAACUAUUCAGUCUUUGCAAGCCAAGAUUAGAAGUCUUGAGCAUGAGCUUAAUGAAGCCCUUCAUUCGAGUGAAACUAAGUCAAAAUCAGAUGUAGAUUCAGGACUUGAAGUACAAUCACUUCUGAAAGCUAUUAGUGAUACAAUGGGUUCUUCCAUAGUGACCAAGAAACUUGAAGAAGAGCUAAAAAAACGUGAUGCAUUAAUUGAGAGAUUGCAUGAGGAGAAUGAGAAAUUAUUUGAUAGACUCACGGAAAAAGCUUCAUUGACCAGUUCACCCCAGGUAAAGUCUUUUUCCUGUUAAUACUAUAAUUUUACC